AUGGAGUAUUUGUGGCUUAGAGGUGACAUCAGGUCUCUCCUCGGCCAGGCUUUAGUAUGGUUUCCGAUACUUCUUGUAUCUUUAUACAUUCUCAAAGCCAUAUACCGAAUCACUCUCCACCCCUUGGCGAGAUUUCCGGGUCCAAAGCUCACGGCGAUGACACGAUGCUACGAGGCUUACUAUGAGGUCUUCGCAGAUGGCACAGGCGGCAAGUUCGGCGAAAAGAUUGAAGAAUGGCACAGGCAGUAUGGUCCCAUCGUGCGCAUCAAUCCCUUUGAACUCCACGUGAAUGAUCCGGAGUAUUUCGACGAGCUAUUCAACUUCAAUGCGCAUCUUUGGAAACGAAGCUUUGCCAUAGAUAAUCUCGUCCAUACACCGUCUUCAACACAGCAUAAGCAGCGUCGACAGGUCCUACAGAACUACUUUUCACAGCAGAAGACAAAUCAAAUGACGUACAUUGUGCGUGACAGGAUACAGGCCCUGUGUAACCACCUCAUCUCACAUAAGGGCAAGGGCGAGCCAGUCAAGGCAUCACUGAUGUUCCGAGCUAUGACCACCGAUAUUAUCUGUGAGUAUGCAUUUGGGCGACAUUGGGGAUUUGUUGAGGACCCCGAGUACAGCGAGGGAUAUUUCUCGGCAACGCAGAAUACGUUCAAGAACAUCUACUUUUUUCGCGAAUACCCUAUAGUAAACAACAUAGCUCUCGGCCUCUCGGCCCUACCCGACUGGCUAUUCCCCAAAGGUAGUCUAAAGAACGUCACACUAUGGGCAGAGGCAAGUUUCAAAAGCCUUAUCAUCGAUUCAAUGAUCCGCCAUGAAAAGGACGAAGGGAGCCCACCCACAAUUUUUGAGGAGUAUAAGACCAACAAGCUGCCACCUGAAGAGAAGACUCCCAAUCGUAUCUUCCAGGUGGCCCUGAUGGUCAUGGGUGCGGGCGCGGGCACGCCAAGCUAUGUGCUUGAUAUUGCCACGUACUAUAUUCUGGCAGACCCAGCCAUUCACGAUCGCGUCAAGGCGGAUCUUGCCAGCGUGUGGUCUGAUCCAAAGGCCCCGGCGCCAGAGGUUGCUGUGUUGGAGGGUUUACCGUUCCUACGCGGCUGCAUCAAGGAGGCACUACGUCUGGCGCUCGGACCUAUGGCUCGGCUGCAAAGGCUCAAUCCGCAUGAAGAGAUGCAUUUCCAGGAAUGGCUAAUACCGAAGGGAACGCCUAUCGGCAUGACGCAUCGGUUUAUCCAUCAUAAUCCAGACAUUUAUCCCGAGCCGUUCGAAUUCAGGCCCGAGAGGUGGAUGCAGGGCGAGAAGUCCAGGGAGCUUGAGAAGUACCUGGUAACCUUCUCUAGGGGGUCGCGGCAGUGUCUAGCCAUUCCCCUAGCAUACGCUGAGCUCUAUCUAUGCCUAGCCACAUUAAUCCGAAAGUUCGACCUCCAACUAUAUGAGACGGACCGCGCCUGCGUAGAUCCAAGGUACGACUAUUUUGCCCCAUUUCCAGAAAAGCAUGACCUAUCCAAUGAGCGAGUACGCUUUUUGGUGCAGUAG